UCCGCGCCGGUCGGGCCAUGAAUGGGCUGCCCUCGGCCGAGGCGCCGGGUGGUGCUGGCUGCGCCCUAGCCGGGCUCCCUCCGCUACCGCGCGGCCUCAGCGGUCUUCUCAACGCAAGCGGGGGUUCGUGGCGGGAGCUGGAGCGCGUCUACAGCCAGCGCAGCCGCAUCCACGACGAGCUGAGCCGCGCGGCCCGUAUCCCAGAUGGGCCCCGCUACGCUGCGGGCGCCACCAACGCGGGACCCGCCGCCGGUCCCCCCGGCCCACGUCGCCCUGUCAAUCUCGACUCAGCACUAGCAGCGCUGCGCAAGGAGAUGGUGGGGCUGCGGCAGCUGGACAUGUCCCUACUGUGCCAGCUGUGGGGCCUGUACGAGUCAAUCCAAGACUAUAAGCACCUGUGCCAAGACUUGAGCCUGUGCCAGGACCUGUCAUCCUCCCUGCACUCAGACAGCUCUUAUCCACCUGAUGCUGGCCUGUCUGAUGACGAUGAGCCUCCCGAUGCCAGCCUGCCCCCGGACCCGCCACCCCUCACUGUGCCCCAGACACACAAUGCCCGGGACCAGUGGCUGCAGGAUGCCUUUCAAAUCAGCCUCUGAAGAGCUGGGGGUGGGGGGAACACGCACCCAUGCAAAAGGCUCAAAAACUCAGCCCUUAGUCAGGACUCAGACUUCUAGUGCCUGCUUUCCCUGUAUCACCUCACUUCACGAGAAGGCAAGCCUUUGGGCCCCUCAGACGUAAAAUUGCCGACCCCCUCUCUCCUGACUCUGGUUAGCUAGCGCUGGGGCAGGCACCUGGGCUACAGCCUUGGCCCAUGGCACCGAACUUCCACUCCUCCCACAUGUGUGCACCCCAGCUUGGCCAACCUGCUGUCUGGUGGUGGGGCCCAAAGCAUCUGGCACUCCGCUUGACAUCUCUGGGAUGGGAUGAGUGCCUGGUUCCCAUCUCCUUUUCACCUUUUGCUGCUAUUGGCAGCUGCUGGCUCAGGGGCAUCCCACCUCUGGUCCCUGCGUUCCACUGCUCUAGACCAGGGCAUCCCCAUUCUUGCACCCACCCACGGCCGGGAGGGCCAAGGCUCCGUGCUGGAUGUUUAAGUUUAGGGGCCAGACUCUUGGGCACGUAGGUAAAUAAAUACUCUCUCAGCGUU